AUGUACUUCAAAAAGACUUCAGCAUGCCAUAACAUCGUUUUGAACGCGAUGUUUCAUGAAGUGAACGCCUUGAACGACGAGAUCGGCGGCUGCGACAAGCAUUCCCGUCUUGAAGCUCUUCAAGCACUGGCCAUGUAUGUGAUUGUUCUCGCUUGCGAUCCAAAACGCUGCAAUCUAUUGAGUGUCAUGACGAGAGUUGCAAUGGGGGAGAUAGCCCGUAAAUUGGUCGACGAGAAUGGCGACUUCUCAACAAAUGAGAGAAUGGGAAAAUUCCCAACCUGGGAUGAAUGGAGGUUUGCUGAGAGUAGUAGAAGGACAUUGCUCUUGAUACAUCUUAUGGACCAAGUAUUAGACUUCAAUAUUGGCAGUCCAAAUAUCACCGCUUGCCGGCAAUUCGAUACGCUCCCAUUGACGUGUAGCAAAGAAAUGUGGGAGGCAACAACCUGCGCGUCAUGGGAAAUUGAGUACACGCAAUACUUGGCAAGUAGGAAAGGAAACGACAUGCUAAGAUAUGGCGAUCUGCGAAAAUCUAGCCACCUUGACGCGAAGGACUUGAACAAUGACAUGGUGUCAGAUAUUGCCACUUGGGCAAGCAAUGUAGAUAGUCUUGGGUCCAUGUUACUUAAUAUCUGCCAUUAA